CUUAAAUCAAUUGAAAACUCUAAAGCCCAUGCGUGCAAAAAGAGGUCUAAUUAACGGUUUAGGAUCUAUAAUAAAAAGAAUUACGGCAAAUCUCGACUAUCUGGAUGCUGUUAAGUAUGAUGCUGAAAGAUGGCAUACGCAACCUCCAAAUUUUCGUCCUGAUUACGUGUACGUGCCUUCAAUAAACGGCUGGCUGAAGCUGCACCGCGUACCUACCAGCUGGAAUGACGCCUAUUUACAGUGCCGAUUCGAAGGUGCGGAGCUCGCAUCUCCAUUGAACGACCCAAUGAUGCAAAUUAUGCUUGACGUUACCGAACGAGCCGGUAGGGCCAACUGUGGCAUUUACACCGGCAUUAAUGCUUGGUUUUCCGAUGGAGUUUACACUUCUAUCGAUGGUACACCCUUGUCUAAAAUGCCCGUAGAGUUCACGAAUUCUCAGACAUGUCCUCAAAUGGUGACGUCCCCAUGCACUGUACUAUUACCUUCGGGCGCCAUUGACAUCGUAGACUGCAAGCAUUUGUAUUUUUUCAUGUGCUACAGAAAGGUGAAGAAGGGGAUUCCUAACAUCAAUGAAUGUGGAACUAUUGAUUCUGAAUAUAAAUACUAUAAAACAACGGGCCAUUGCUACAAAUUUCAUCUACAACCACAAAUCUGGUCAGAUGCUUACAAGAUCUGCCUGGCUGAAGGGGGACGUUUGGCCAUCAUAAAUAGCGCUGAGGAGGCCAAGUUCUUAUCCAGUAUUUUCGAGAUGGAUCCGAGUAGUACCUUGAAAUCGACAAAGAUAAGCGACUUGUUUCUUGGAUUCAUUAAAUUUAACAAAUCUUGGAUUACUAUAGAUGGUGAAAGUCUUGAAGAAACAGGUUAUGCAAUUUGGGCUCCAGACGAACCAAAUAACUCACCCCGUAGAGACAAACCUGACUACCUUGACCGUUUCGGCAGCAGUGAGAGCUGCGGGGCAAUGCAGCGUGAUGGUCUUCUCAAUGAUUGUUCUUGUGAUAUUCCGCUCGCUUUCGUCUGUGAAAAACAUUUAGUUGUUGAUGUAAUCGAAAGAGAGACGCCGACAGUAGUAAAGCUGGAGCCAUCCAGUAUAUGACCAGGUGGGGCCUAAAACUUCGCACAAACGUCUUUACUAAGAUAACUUACAACUUAUUUUGGAAGAUUCUAUCCAGUGUUCCUGUUGAUGAUAAUUGUUGUAAAAGCUUCUCUAAUUACAUACCUAUUUUUUUUAUCUGCAGUUCAGCGAUAAUCAUAAAUUUAAUAUAGAAGUGAAAAUAAUUGGUAGAAAUAACGUGAAAUUGAUGUAUA